AUUAUCCUGCCUUCCUUUGUCUGCUUGGAUCCGAUCUGUCAGCUCUGCAGCCUUCUAGGCUUCCACGUCUGAAACUCUAUUAGCCGAACAGCUGGAAUAAUCCUCAUUCUCUGGGCACGAACUGAACUGUCAAACCAGAAAUCAAGUUCCUGUUCAAACCAACCCCAGCAUGACCAAUGCAGCAUCCAGAACAUGACAGCUGCAGGACUUUAGACCUUGGAUAGCACUAGAUCACUCCCUGUAAAUCAUCUUUGCAGUUUUUUUUCCCUGCAUUGUUUAUUCCCAUAAGUGUCAAUGAAUAGUGAGACAAAUAUUCCAACACAUAUUGAAACCCACGAUUUCAUGGUGUGAUCACAAAGUGACAGAGGAGGGACGGACACGUGCGUAAACACGAUUGAUGAUGGUAUGCUGAUCUGUCGGACGUCAGCGGGGACACCGAGGGAGCUGACGGUGAUCCUGAGUAGCCCGUGGAGCAAAUAUACAAUUCCCCCCCCCCACUCAUAAAACGCGGAGGUUCCACGGAGAGGAGGAGACGGGGAGGACGUCCCUGCAGCCAGUCAUCAUCGGCCGCCAGGACCGCCCGCGUGCCCCUGCCUGCCAGCCGGAGCGGAGGCGCGAGACUCACACCGCGAGGAGGAGGAGGAGGAGGAGGGAGAAUAAGAGCCCGUCUGUCAGAGUUAUUACCCGGUGUGCAUGUAGAGAAGCGGACGAGGAGUCCUUCACUUCCAGUUCCUGACAGGACGCAUUUUUCCCCGCAUCCUCCCUGGUUGGUGAGUGGCAGCUCUGGUCUUCACCUCCAGCCAGAGUGGACCGUCACCCCACUCUGAGAAAGGCACCAUGACUCAGGAGGGGCAGGCCCUGCCCACUCCCACCGCACCAGAGAACACGUUGGGGCCUGACGCAGCAACAGCCACGACUGAUCCACCUACAGGAACCCACAAUGAGGAGGCUGAGGACAGGUCAGAGGCUGUGGAGAGGGACCACAGGGAGGAGGCCAUAGCAAGAGAAGAGUUGGCACAAAGUGAAGGAGAGGGGAGGGCAGAGGGGAAAGACCAGGGAGGAGAAGGUGAGUUAAAUAAGGAGGGGGGAGCUUCCACUGAAGAAGAGCAUCAUCCGAGCAAAACAGAAGAAGAGAAUAAUGAAGAUAUUCAGCUAUCUGCAAAGAACGAAGCAACUACCCCUCAACCAAUGGAGCGACUUGCAAAUGGUAUGAGUGAGAACGAGGAUGAAGAUGCUGUUGGCGAGGAGGAUGGAGAAGAGAGGGAGGGACUUCCAAACUUGGACACUUUCAGCUCCAACUUUGAGACGACUGUAGAGCAGGCCGACACAGAGGUGGAGGACGACGAAGAGGAGGAAGGGCCCCAGAGAGAUGAAACAGAUAACCAGGACACUUUCAGCUCAGCGUUCGAGCAGAUUGUAGAGCAGGUUGAUGUUCCCGAAGAAGAGGAGAGAGAGUCUGAGGAAGAAGAAAAGGAGAAAAACAAGGUGGUGGAUAACAAAGAUGGCUUCAGCUCCACGUUUGAGCGAAUUGUGGAGUCUGCAUUGCUAAGGGGCGGCACAUGCUACAGCAGCCUCGACUCUCUGGACGUUCUGUCACUCACUGACGAGACGGACAGCUGCGUCAGCUUCGAGGCACCUCUGACGCCGCUCAUCCAACAGAGGUUGCUGUUGCAGGGGCCUGAACCCCUGGAGCUGGAGUUGGAAACCGUUCAGGAACAAGAAGGGGCUGAGGCUGGACCAGAUGCCCUGGAUAGUGAUGAAACGACUGAGCCGAGCUCAGUGUGUCCAGCUGGAUCGGGUGGUGCCAUGGGGGGGAGUCCAUUAAGGACAACCAUCCCGGGGAGCAGGUCGGAGUUUGUACUGAGCCAGCCUGGACGCUGGGCCAUUCCCAAUGGAUACCACUCAGACUCCCAGGGAGCCACUGAGGGCGGGGGAGCCAUGACCAGCUCUGUCAGCGAUGCCAACCUAGCAGACGUGCUAUCCGACACGGAGGAGUGUGAUUUGGGCAGUCUGGAGCACUUGGAACGAGGCAGCACAGACACUCUGGCCAAUGGCUGCCGGGUUGACUCUGAGGCGGCCAAGAGGCUGGCCAAGCGCCUGUAUCACCUCGAUGGUUUCAAGCGCUGCGACGUGGCCAGACACCUGGGCAAAAACAACGACUUCAGUCAGCUGGUGGCUUCAGAGUAUCUGAGCUACUUUGAUUUCUCCGGCCUGUCCCUGGAUCGAGCCCUGAGGAACUUCUUAAAGGCCUUUCCACUGAUGGGAGAAACUCAGGAGAGAGAGCGGGUCCUCGUCCAUUUCUCCAGACGCUAUUGUCACUGCAACCCACAGACACCCACCUCUGAAGACGGAGCUCACACGUUAACCUGUGCCCUGAUGCUGCUCAACACGGAUCUACAUGGACAUAACAUCGGUAAGAAGAUGUCUUGCCAGCAGUUUAUAAGUAAUCUAGAUGGUCUCAACAAUGGGAAAGAUUUCCCUAAAGAUUUAUUAAAGGUCUUGUAUAACUCAAUCAAGAAUGAGAAGCUUGAGUGGGCAGUCGAGGAGGAGGAGCUCAGGAAGAGCCUGUCGGAGUUGGUAGAGGAGCUAUGUGAAGGCGGGAGUAAGCGGGUUGCCAGGGUAACGGACGGAAGUAACCCUUUCAUCGCCAUUCCCAUCCUGCUAAACGCGGUCACCUACAAACACGGGGUGCUGACCCGCAAGAGUCAUGCCGACAUGGAUGGCAAGAAAACUCCAAGGGGUCGCAGAGGCUGGAAAAAGUUCUACGCCGUCCUAAAGGGAAUGAUCCUCUAUCUCCAGAAGGAUGAGUACAAACCUGACAGUGACAUCUCUGAGGUGGACCUGAAGAACGCGGUCCGGAUCCAUCACGCUUUAGCCACUCAUGCCACUGACUACAGCAAAAAACCCAACGUCCUGAAACUGAAAACCUCAGACUGGAGAGUCUUUCUGCUGCAGGCCCCGAGUGAGGAGGAGAUGAUGUCCUGGAUCUUCCGGAUAAACCUGGUGGCAGCCCUCUUCUCCGCUCCUGCUUUUCCCGCCGCAAUCGGCUCCAUGAAGAAGUUCUCCCGCCCCAUCCUGCCGUCCUCAUCCACCCGACUCAACCAGGAGGAGCAGCUGCUGAGUCACGAGAGCAAGCUGAAGCAGACCAGUUUGGAGCUGGAGGAGCACAGAAAAAACCAGCCCUCGGCCGACCCAAAGAGCCGUGACUGGGAGGAGUACCGGCUCAAAGAGCACUACCUCGCCUACGAGAAGACUCGAUAUGAGACCUACAUCAGCCUCCUGCAGGCUAAGAUCCGCACCGAGACGGACGACCUGGAGAAGAUCGAGGCCAGCGUGAUCGGCGGCCUGAUCUUGGAUGGCAGCUUGGCAGGUCGAGAGUGCCACAUUAGAAAAACCCAAUCCUCCCCGUCCAUCAGCCAAUCCCAGAACGGGAGGAGCGCCGGAUGCACCGUCCCGGGACAGAGGACCUGA